AUGCCUAAACGGAAGAGAGCUGCGGUGCUGCCCACCAACAUUGCCCUUUUACAGAACCUUAUUAGGCGAGACCCAUCGUCAUAUAGCGAGGAAUUCAAGCUCCAGUACCAGCACUAUGUUUCGUUGAGGGAGAUUUUCUACCAAAAUCCACGAGCGGCUCAGGGUCACGAAAAAUUGAGCGAACUGAUAGGAUUCAUCACCCACAUGUGCAGCUGCUAUCAGAACUUGACAGCCGAGUUCCCAAAAGAGCUUCUGAGUUUGAUUGCAGAGCACCACGAUGGCUUGCAUCCAGAUCUAGCCGACAAGAUUGUCCACUGCAUCUGUAUGCUGCGGAACAAAGACAUUAUUUCGAGUGAAGACUUUGUUAAAACACUGUUCCCGAUACUUGUUACGACCGAGUCGAAACAGCUCAGAACACAGGUGUACAGGUCCUUGAUCCAGAUGCUGAAAACAGUGAACCAAUCUGCCAAGAACCAAAAGAUCAACAAAAUGAUGCAGGCCCUUCUUUUCUCGCUUUUAGAGAGCGCAGAGAGUAAUGGCCUGUGGGCCCCCAAAAUCAUUCGUGAGCUCUGGAGGCGAGGUAUUUGGGAUGACUCGAGAACAGUGGAAAUCAUGAGCCAGGCAGCUAUUCAUCCUGACACUAAAGUUGCAGCGUCGGCUAUUUGUUUCUUUUUGGGUGCAGACAAAGAGCGUGAACAGGCUAUGAAUGAUGAUGGUGAAAGCGAUGAUGGAUUGGAUAUGGAAGCUCUCCGUCACAAGUUAAAUGUCAACAAAAAAUCCGGAAAGAGAAGCAAAAAGCUUGAGGCGAUCGCCAAGCAGGUAAAGCGCAAGGUUCAUGGCCCCGGAAAGGAUGCGACACACUUGAAUUUCUCUGCGAUUCAUUUACUGCGUGAUCCCCAGGGAUUCGCUGAUAAACUCUUUGCAGCACACCUCUCCAGCAAGAGUGGUGCUGGUGGAAUCAAGCUCAGUCUUGAUCAAAAAAUCGAUUGCUGCAAUCUCAUAUCACGGCUUACCGGUACUCACAAACUCACUAUUUUGGGCCUCUACUCUUUUUUCCUAAAAUAUCUCACCCCCAAACAGCGUGAUGUCACACAGUUCAUGGCCGCGGCUGCUCAGGCUUCUCACGAUCUUGUUCCGCCAGAUGUGAUCAGCCCUAUGGUUCGCAAAAUUGCCGAUGAGUUUGUGAGUGACGGUAUGGCUGCUGAAGUAGCUGCCGCUGGCCUUAACACAAUUAGAGAAAUUGUGGCCCGCGCGCCUUUGGCAAUCGAUGAACCGCUCCUUCACGAUCUCGUGGCAUAUCGCGGUUCCAAAUCUAAGCCGGUCAUGAUGGCUGCCCGUAGCUUGAUCCAGUUGUUCAGGGAUAUUGAUCCUUCAAUGCUGCCUUCGAAGGAAAGGGGUAAAGCUGCUACAAUUGCCCUCCGCGCUGGAGAGACGAGACAACUCAAGUUCGGUGAAACUCAAUCUGCAGGAUUUGAAGGUCUUCAACUGCUGGAAGAAUGGAAGCAAGCUAAUGCUGAUAAUGGGCUUGAAAAUGAUGGUUGGGACGUUGAUGAGGACGUUGAUGAGGGCGAUGAUAGUGAUGAUGGUGAAUGGGUAACUAUCGAAGAUGACCAGGAGUACAAUGUUAGCGACAGCGAUGACGAAAAGUUAGAGACCAAUACAGAAACCAAGGCCGCUGCCACUGAUUUCACCAGCCUUGCUGCGACAGAGAUUCUGACUCCCGCAGAUUUCGCCAAAUUGAACGAGCUCAAGACCGAAGCCGGAAUUCGUAAAGCCAUGGGUCAAACCAACGAGGAGGUUGUGGAUUCAAUUAAGCUGACUGGCGCCAAUAAAUACAAGCAGAGCAAGGAGGAGAGAUUGGCUCAGGUUCAUGAGGGCCGUGAGGGCCGUGAAUUCGGCUCUCGCAAGAAAAAGCAUCAAGAGAAGGAGCACUCAACAACAAACAAACAGAAGGCUCGCAAGAAGAACUUUAUCAUGAUGAUACACAAACGUGACGUUCAGGGUAAAGCCCGUAAGAGUUUGCGUGACAAACAGAAAGUUUUGCGUGCUCAUAUUACCCGUCAAAAGAAGCGCAUGUAG